AUGCAUAGCGAUGGCGAUGUGAACAUUCCAACUCAAACAGAUCCUUUGAUCCUAUGCGUCUCAUCAGAAACUCAACCAGUCUUAUUAAAUUCGGUUGACUUCAAGAUCUUUCCAACCAAAUAUUCGAACUCUUCAACCGAGAGACACGAUAGAUUCUGCAAGACUAAGAUCUGGAAGCAGUCCAGAACUGAAAGCAACAGAUGGACAAUCAACCUAAUCAGUUUGAGCUGGUCUAAAGAAAUAUGGACUCGGGAGUUGAACGUUUUUGAAGAUGGAGAAGGCUCAUCUAAUUGGACGAUUCAAGAAACGCGAGAGCCGAUCUUACUGAAAACGUUGGGCGAUGAUCUAAACCUUGAAGAAGAACGACCAUUUGGGAUUGUAGUCGCUCAAGAUCAGUUCGCAGUUUGGUCUGCUGAUCGGUUCUGGGUUUUCGAGAGACCAUCCUUACCAAGCUCCAACGAGAAGGAUGGCGAACCUCGAACGAACUAUUAUUCGCCGUCAGAAAGUAGUCCGCAAAUUUCUGGUGAUGAUGAUUUGAUUGUGAGCCUGUCCUUUCUGGGCUCAUUCGGCAUCCUUGCCGUCUCCAAGAGACACGUCAGACUUUUUCGGUCUGCCGGGUCGGAAGGCACACUUAACGGCUGGUCAGAAUGGAAAGUCAGACCGAUUGAUGAAGCCCGUUUCACGCUAGACAGCCCCUGUCAAUUCGAGUUCGCUAUCAGUAAUUCAAUCGUUCCCUCCUCUAUUGACAGCCACUUCGAUCUCAUCAAAACCGUUAACCUCCUUACCGUCGAUCUUGACUUCUCAACCGGUCAAAGGAGGUUUUCUGAACUCUCGUUUUCCACUGAAGCCCCCGAUAACACAAGUGCCAAUGCUGAAUCACGCCCAGACCAAGACUCAAUGUCUUCAGUCAAUCCACCGGUUUAUCCUCAUCGACGGGACCUCUACCUUUCCGCGCAGACCACUGGACCCACGGACCCCCCAUCCAUCUGUUUGACGUGUUCGAUCUGGCUAGAAGAUGACCAUCGCCCAACGAUCGUAGUAGGUGACUCCAAGGGACAGCUAUCAGUUUACACCUUGAACAUCCUAUCCUCUCGCCAUUCCUUACCCGAAUCCACCUGGAAGUUGGAGCGGCUAGUCGAAGAAGAGCAGCUUGGAGGCCCGGUGUCUGCCUUGUAUGCUGAUCCGCAGUGGGUCUUGGCCGGCGGGGUUUCGGGAGACUUGGGAGUCUGGGCGCGGAAGAUCAGAGAGGCUGUAUCUUCUGAGAUUCCUGACUAUACGAACGAGUUGAGACUGGUGGAUCGGAUGAUGAUUGGGGCGGUACCGGUAGAAAGCUUUGGCCGAUUGUCCGAUCUGGAGCAUGUCCCUGAACAGGGAGCGCAAUCUAGAAGGCUGUCCCGCUUCGUCGUGGUGAUGAUGGAUGGAUCUGCAGUGGUCUUGAACUUGAAUGCAGAAGGAAUGAUCGAGGUGAUGGGCGAACUAGGGCCACCAGAUACGAGUCUGGGAAUCAGUGAUCUGUGGUCAAAUGGCGCAGAGAUCGUGAUCUUUUAUCGUGAACGAGAGCUCGGCGCUCAGCGUUGGUUGUGCAGCGAAAGUCUUUCGGCUCACUUAGGACGUCAGGAAGCCAAGACCAUGAUCGAGGUUGAGAACGGACAGCCGUUGGCGUAUCGAUGGGUUCGAGUCGGACUAUCAAACUGCCAGGCGUAUAAUAUCCCGAAUGUAUCUGCAGGGUCGAAGGUCGGUUCCAGUCGGGUGGUCAACAUCUCAGGAAUGCCAGCAUUCAAUAUCCUUUCGGUGAGGAUGAGAGAGUUUGUCGAAGCGAUUGGCUUACAGGACGGAGCUGCUUUGGUGGGCCGGUUGUCGAUUGUUCGCUUGAUGGUCUCCCAGCUUUUACCCUGGGGCCUCGAUCCAGCUUUGGACGAUGCCGCCGAACACGGGCUGGGCAUCAGACGGCCAUCCGUUGAGGAACGCUCCGAGAUUCUGCAGGUGAUCAACGGGGAUCGAGACGAGCGAUCGGGACUGGCGCUCUAUCGGACCACCGGCGAUGAGAAGCUGAGCAGUGAACACUCCAACACUUACAGACUCUUGAAUCUGGUCGUCUUAUUGCGAGUGUUUUUGAACGAAGCUCGGUACGAACGACAUGCCAGUGAGACGAUUGUUGGCCUGGCGAAAUUGGCGAGUAAGUCGACGAGCCAUCUCUCGGAUGAUUGUUCGACGGCUUGGUUGGACUUGCAGAUCCUAGUACGCUACUGGCUCGAUCCAUCGACCGAAGUUCGAGAGGCUGCUCGGUUGCUCUUCGGCGUCAGAUUGGGCUCGAUGGCGAACGAAGAAAUCGAAGGACUUGUGGCCAGUUGGCAGGGAUUCCUGCCGAUUCAGGAAAUCACACCUCAUCAUACCAAGAGCGAUAAGGAUUGGACUUUUGGUCGAAAGACCGGCUCAGCGAUUCACAAAGACCUCCUACUAAAAGACGGCAACCCCUCGAGCGCCGACGAAAAGCAGAGGGACGCCAAGAAGCAGUUGGACGCGCUCUUACUCAUAGGAUUGAUUGUCUCAGAACGGUACAAGGUCUUGUCGAGCAAAGUGCUCAAGGAUCUCUCGAUUGCGGUCUUCCAGACGAUCAGUCCGACGGGCCAGCGGAGUGAUCGAUUGAGCCCGAGCCGAAUCGAGAUGUUACGGGCCGGCUUCGAGAUCUGUUCCAAGACCUUCGAGAUCAUCCAGAACUACAUCGAUGCUAUCGAGCUGGUCCGUAAUCUCUUCGGCUGGGCUACCGCUAAGGACGGCGAGCUCGCCCCUGACUUGAAGGGAGUGGCCAAGUACGCGUGUCUCCAUGUCGCUAGUGUCAAUACUCCCCUCUUCAUGACCACCUUGUCAUACGAUCUCAGUAUUAGUCAGAACCCUCUCGAUCGCAUCUCGACCAUGAAACUCGUCGUAUUCAUGGUUAGAAAAAGACCAUUAGUAUUACAUACCUCCUUACCGCGAUUAUUGGAAGCAGUGAUCAAGUCACUGGACCCGACCCAGAAGCAAAUGCGAGCCCAAACGCAGACGGGGGCGACGGUGAUCCUACACGAACUAGUGAAGACCUAUCCGAGCAUCACGUUCCAUGGUCGAUCGCAGAAGCUCGCGAUCGGGACCCCGGAGGGCGCGAUUGUGAUCUACGAUCUCAAGACGGGAACCAAGAUGGACAUCCUGGAGUCUUUCAGGACUCCCGUCGUCGCCGCGAGCUUCUCGAUCGAUGGCCAACGUCUCGUCGCCGUCUCGCUCGACGAAAAUCGGAUCGAGAUCUGGAAAUUCGCGGGCUCCCCCUUCGCUAUCAGUUCCUUCUUUAACUUCGCUUCGUCUUCUUCUUCUUCUUCGGCCUCCAACGCUGGUCCUUUGGCCUCCCGGCUGCCGUCUGGUUCGGGGUCUGCAAACCUCGAGCUUGGCAAACAUCAUCACGGAUCUAGUAAACCUUUUAAAAGCUUAUCCUUUAAUGUCGGCGAAGAAGCUUUGAUGAGUAUUGCUGGGACUUUGGAAUGGGUUCGGAUCGAGUGGCUGAGUGAAAGGUCUUGUCGACUAAGGAUCAGACAAUCUUCGAUCACGUUUUCUUGUUGAUCAUCCUCAUCAUCCAUCCAUUCAUUUUUCUUUCUUCUUUAUUCGGACCUUACUCUCCUUCUUAUAUUCCGCGUUUCUACAACGUUUGGUUUGGCAGAUCCUCGCUACUCUAUCUUCCCUCAUAUACUACAUUCAUAAUCCUUCUGUAAAUUCUGAAAAAAAAAAAAACAAGAAAAACUAUUUGAACAAUUUUUUGAAGCGCAAAAAGUCUAAGAAGAUUGAGCUCUAGCUACACAAGAUGAUGUGCGUUGGGUUGAAUUUCUUACGGUGUUGAUGUAGAAGUAUUACCUUUUGGAUAUUGAAAGAUUGAUUGAAUACACACUUGUUUGUUUGAGGCAUG